CCGCGACUAGCAGGGGGCGCCUGAAGCACUGAUUUAUUUUUUAUUUUUUAUUUUUUUUUUUUGGAGCUGGAGAGGAGCACGUGCCUGCGGAGCUGCGGUGAGCCCUGCUUGAGCCCGCGCCUGGCCAUCCUCCUGGAGCUCGGCUGGGUGGCGCUCGUGCCCGCCCGCCCGACGCCUGCGGCUCGCGCCCGGGAGCGCCGCCGGGUCCCUGAAGUUGGCCGCGUCCUUUGUGCGGCGCUCCGGUUGCGCCGCUGGGCAGCGGGACGAAAUGCGGGCGCCGCGGAGGCUUUUCUCUUCUGCUCAAACUCUUGAAACAAUGGACUGUAAGAGGAGCAAGGAUUGAGGGGGGCGAGCAGGGAAGCGAGCUGCACGGGGAAUCAUGACUUCUGCCGCGGAGAUUAAGAAGCCGCCAGUGGCCCCCAAGCCAAAGUUUGUGGUAGCAAGUAAUAAGCCAGCUCCACCUCCUGUUGCACCUAAACCCGAUAUUGUGAUUUCUAGUGUUCCACAGUCAACAAAGAAAACCAAACCAGCAAUAGCCCCGAAACCAAAAGUUCUGAAGGGCUCUCCUGUUAGAGACAUCAGGCAGUCACCGUCAAGGAAAAUCAUUGUGAAUGUGGAAGAGCACAAACAGGAGUUACCUGAAAAUGCUGACAACUCUAAUUGUAAAAAUGUAGGGCAUCAGAGCAGUGAUUAUAUUUUACCAGUGUGUUCCUGCAGUUCUCAGUGUAUCCAUAAACUUGGGAAUAGAGAAAAUUUGUGUGUAAAGCAACUUAUCUUAGAGCCCCUGGAAAUGCAUGAAAAUUUAGAAAAUAGUAAAAUUGAUAAGUCCUCUUCAGCUAUAAAAACAAAGAGUAAAUGUGAUUCUAAUGUUGAAAACAUCAAGAGCCAGAGUGGAGUAGUUUUAAAGGCAAACAUCCUAGAAGAGAAGCUCAAAGAUGUUUUAACGCAACGAACAUCACCUUUUAUUUCCCUGCAGAAGCACAGAUCCACAGACAGCCCAGAAACUAAUGAUGGCUAUAAUUCCAACAGACAAUUGAGAAUUGAAUUUGCAGAUUUGUCACCUUCCCUGUCCAGCUUUGAAAAAGUUCCUGAUCAUCACCAUUGCCACCUACAGCUCCCUAGUGAUGAAACUUAUCAGCAUAGCAGUGAAAAAAGCAGUACUUGCUUUCAUUCAUCUGAGCAAGAAGCUCUGGAAAAUGGUAAAAGGAGUACCUUUCUAUCUUCAGAUGGAGUUAGUAAGAAGUCAGAAGUCAAAGACCUUAGUCCCUUAGAAAUUCACUUAGUACCAUAUACCCCAAAAUUUCCAACCCCCAAGCCCAGAAAGACACGGGCUGCUUGUCUGUUACGUCAAAAGUAUAUAGAUGUUCCUAGUGAAAGUACUGAAGAACCAGAGAGUUUAGACAGUAACUCUUCUUGUCUUUUAGAAGCUGGUUUGAAAAACAAUAAAAUCAGUGUUCUUCAUCAGAAUGUUUUGUGUAACCAGGAACAGGUGGACAAAGUGAAGCCAGGAAAUAAAAGUGAAUUGAAUGUGGACUCCGAUGGUGACAGACAAAAUUUAGUCAAUCCACAGAAAGCUAUGUGUCCUGAAGCAUCUUCCUUUGAAAAAAUGGAAACAGAUUCUAAUUUAAGUUCUGACAGCAAGACGGUAGAUGGUUCUAGUAUGUCACUUGCUGUGGACAAAGGGCCCAGUUUUAUAAGAUGCAGUACUUUAUCUAUGAGCCUGCCUAAGCAACUCAAAUUAACCUGCAAUGAACAUUUGCCUGCCACCUGUAACCUGGGAGUGUCUGCCCCUCAAAUGCAAAAGGAAUCUCCAAUAAAAGGUGAAAGUUCCUCAAGGAUUGUCCCAAAAAAACCUCAAAGACACAGCUUGCCUGCUGCAGGAGUGCUUAAGAAGGCUGCCUCAGAGGAGCUUGUGGAGAAGAGUUCUUAUCCCUCAAAUGAAGAAAAUAAUUCAGAGAAAGGUCUAGAAAGAAAUCACCUUCAGCAUUUGUGCGCCCAAAACCUCAGUAUGUCAUCCUCCUUUGAUAUGCCUAAACGGGCUACAGAAAAGCCAGUGUGGAAAUUACCUCAUCCUAUUUUACCCUUUUCAGGGAACCCAGAAUCCUUAAAGUCUGUCACUAUAUCAUCAAAUAAUGAGCUUUCAACUGCCAUAACUAAGCCUAGAGCAAAAUCGUUAUCUGCCAUGGAUGCGGAAAGGUGCAAUAAGCCUUGCAAAGACACUCAAAAGAAAAGCUCUUUAAAGAAGUUGCUCAACAUGAAACUGUCCAUCUGUUUCAUGAAGAGCGACUUCCAGAAAUUUUGGUCCAAGAAUAGCCAGCUUGGAGACACAACCGCAGGCAGCCUCUCAGGUGGGGAGAGGAAAGGAAUGGAGAGUGAUUGGCAUGGUGUGUUGGUAGAAGAGAAGAGAAGUAAACCUAUCAAGGCAUAUUCUGCAGAUAACUACAGCCUGGAAUCCCAAAAGAAGAGGAAGAAGUCUCGGGGCCAGACCAAUGCAGCUAACGGACCAAGAGCUGAGUCUUUGGAUGAUCAAAUGCUCUCCAGGGAGUCAUCAUCUCAGUUGCCUUGCAAAUCUAUUACAAGUGUCUGCGCACCAGAGUAUGAAAAUGUACGCCAUUAUGAGGAAAUACCCGAGUAUGAGAACUUGCCAUUUAUAUUGGCCAUAGGGAAAACUCCCGAGUUAGAAUGGCAGAAUUCCAGAAGCCUGGAGGACACCGAUGCAAACGUGUACGAGGUAGAAGAGCCAUAUGAAGCUCCAGAUGGCCGGCUGCAACUGGGACCCAGACAUCAGCAUUCCAGCAGUCCUGGAGCAUCCCAGGAGGGACACAACAAUCUUGAUCUUGGUCUUGGUGAACUUCCUUCGGAUGAGGAAGAAGACAUCAACAGUUCUGAUGAAGACGAUGUCAGCUCUGACUCUAGUAAAGGGGACCCUGACCUGGGAGAUAAACAGGAUGAAGAUACUGGAAUGAAAAGUAAAGUCCAUCAUAUCGCCAAGGAGAUCAUGAGCUCAGAGAAGGUGUUUGUGGAUGUGUUAAAACUGUUGCAUAUUGAUUUCCGAGAUGCAGUGGCCCAUGCUUCCAGGCAACUUGGGAAACCGGUGAUUGAGGACCGGAUCCUAAAUCAGAUCCUGUACUACUUGCCUCAGCUGUAUGAGCUCAACCGGGAUCUCCUGAAGGAACUGGAGGAAAGGAUGUCAAACUGGACUGAACAACAUAGAAUUGCUGAUAUCUUUGUAAAGAAGGGACCAUAUCUAAAAAUGUAUUCCACGUACAUCAAAGAAUUUGAUAAAAAUAUAGCUUUGCUGGAUGAGCAGUGUAAGAAGAACCCAGCUUUUGCUGCUGUUGUUAGAGAUUUUGAGAUGAGCCCACGCUGUGCUAAUCUGGCCCUCAAGCACUACCUGCUCAAGCCAGUUCAGAGGAUCCCCCAGUACAGGCUGCUGCUGACAGAUUAUUUGAAAAAUCUUCUAGAGGACUCUGGAGAUUACAGAGACACUCAAGAUGCCCUUGCUGUCGUUAUAGAGGUCGCCAACCACGCCAAUGACACCAUGAAGCAGGGAGACAACUUUCAGAAGCUUAUGCAGAUUCAGUACAGCUUAAAUGGACACCACGAAAUAGUGCAGCCUGGACGGGUUUUUCUCAAAGAAGGAACUCUGAUGAAGCUGUCUCGAAAAGUCAUGCAGCCCCGAGUGUUUUUCCUGUUUAAUGAUGCCCUGUUGUAUACAACACCAGUGCAGUCUGGGAUGUAUAAACUGAACAAUAUGCUCUCGUUGGCUGGAAUGAAGGUCAGAAAACCCACUCAAGAAGCAUAUCAGAAUGAACUAAAGAUUGAAAGUGUAGAACGCUCCUUUAUCCUCUCAGCCAGUUCUGCCACAGAAAGGGAUGAAUGGCUAGAAGCGAUUUCCAGGUCAAUAGAAGAGUAUGCCAAAAAAAGAAUCACAUUCUGUCCUAGUAGGAGUCUUGAUGAGGCUGACUCCGAAAAUAAAGAGGAAGUUAGUCCUCUUGGAUCAAAGGCUCCCAUCUGGAUCCCUGAUACCAGAGCCACAAUGUGUAUGAUCUGCACAAGUGAAUUUACUCUGACCUGGAGACGACACCACUGCCGGGCCUGCGGGAAGAUUGUAUGCCAAGCUUGUUCAUCAAAUAAAUAUGGUUUAGAUUACCUGAAAAAUCAACCAGCAAGAGUAUGUGAACAUUGUUUCCAAGAACUGCAGAAACUAGAUCACCAGCAUUCUCCGAAGAUUGGAUCUCCCGGAAAUCACAAAUCUCCUUCAAGUGCCUUAUCAUCAGUCUUACAUAGUAUUCCAUCAGGGAGGAAACAGAAAAAAAUCCCAGCUGCUCUCAAAGAAGUAUCAGCAAACACAGAAGAUUCUUCCAUGAGUGGCUACUUGUACCGAUCAAAGGGCAAUAAAAAACCUUGGAAACACUUGUGGUUUGUCAUAAAAAAUAAAGUGCUGUAUACAUAUGCUGCAAGUGAGGACGUGGCAGCUUUGGAGAGUCAGCCUCUACUAGGAUUCACUGUCACUCAAGUCAAAGAUGAGAAUUCAGAGUCUAGAGUGUUUCAGUUACUACACAAAAACAUGUUAUUUUAUGUGUUCAAAGCAGAUGAUGCUCACUCAGCUCAGAAGUGGAUAGAAGCAUUUCAGGAAGGCACAAUAUUGUAGCGAUAUUGGUUUCAUCCCUUCUGUGAUUCCAAAUGGGUGGAAUUUCAUCAGAAUGGAGUAAAUGCAGUAGAAAAAUUUUAUAUAAAUGAACACUGCCAAGAUAAAUCCAGCCAAAAUCUUCAUCAAUUAUUACAAAUUAUUUUGUUAGGUAUAAGGUAAUUUUUUUAAUGUUUGUUUUUUUGUGUAUGUUAUUUAUUAAAAUUUUGAUGUUUACUUAAUGGUCAGAAUUAUUUCUGAGAUUCACACUGAAUUCUAAAGUACCUUUUCUUUAGAAACCAGAAAACUUAUCUUAAUAUCGUAUACUGUAUUAAGGUUUAUGACACAGAUUUCUCAAAGUGCUUUGUAGUGUUACAUUGUAACAUUCUUACUUGAGGUAAGUCUUUGUAAAUAAAAAACACACAUCGAGGAGCAAAUUUCCAUGCAGUGUUUGGUUUAGAAAUUACUAUACAACUGCUGACUAAAAAAAACCGUAUGUUUUUGAAUCAACAAACUUAGAUGAAUUUUUGCAUCUUUUAAUGGAAAAACACAUGGCCAACUCCUACCUCAGUAACUGUGAAAUGAAAUUCCAGUAAAUUAUCUAGAGUAUUUCUGUUGUACCUCUUUGGGCUUGAGAUAAUGUUGCAUCAUCAAGGAAUUAGAGCAAAGGCAUAGAAUGUGAAAUUUUCAUUGAACUGAGCUAUGUAAGUAGGAAAGAGGAUGUUUUCAUUUGCAGAGGAACACAAUUAACUCUAUGGUCUUUAUAUAAAGUCUAAUCCUUUUUUUAAAGCUACCAGUUCAACACAAACAUAAAUGUGUUAUUUUUUUUAAAAAAAGCAAAAUAUGGCAUUAUAUUACACAAUAUCCUUCGGUAUUAUAAGUGUUCUGAGCCCAAGUUAGUGGUGGUGUUUGCAUCUAAAAAGAAUGUUCCAUUCCCUUUAAUACUGUGCUUUAAAAAUGAACUGGAAUUACCAUACCAAAAAAGCACAGAUUCUAAGCCAGUGUUAACUGAAUUUGUAUUCAUUUUUUAAAGGUUAUUUAAUACUACUUUGUGUUAUGUCCUCCCUGGUAAUUAAAACAAAUCCUUUAUUUCUUUAACCAGCUGCCAAAGUGCACCUCAUUAGGAAAGAUUUAUAUUCAUAAUUCUGGUGCACUUACCAUUUAACGUGAACUCCUUUGUACAUAAAACUGUUGAUGAGUAGAAGAAAAAUGAAAUUCACACUAUGAUUAUAAUAUACAUUUAUUGACUGAGCCUAAACUAAAAUAAAUUAUCUUAAAAGGCAGGGCCAUCCAUAGAAUAUUUCACAAAAGGGCACAAGAGUUUUCCUUUCUGCUUUUAUAUAAAGUACUUCCUAAUUCAGUGUGAUACCAUUGCCAAGAGAAAUUACUGAGUGCCUUUCUGAAGCCCUUCAAAUGUUGUUUGUUGCAGCACCAGAGUCUCUACCAAAUCUAGAAUUGGCUGCUGUCAUUUUUUCUGGCUGUUUCUUGCUGUGGGAUCAUUUUAAACCCUGUUGCACCCUCACACACAAUCCUCACAGGCUAUCUCCCCAGUCUUUCCGUCACAGUAGGUAAACUAAUACUUCUUUGCAACUCACUAAUUUUAAUCAAGAGAACAUAAAUAAGGCUUCCAUGUUAAAAUCCUUGCAGUUUCAGCGUAUCGUUUUUGGAGACCAAGGUUAUAUCUUAUAAAGUGUUUCCUUCUUCUUUGGGUCUAGCAUUUUGCAAAGGACAAGUUAUUUGGAGUUCUGCCCCCCUCCUCUUGAGCUCUCAGCCUUCUGACUGGAAGGUUUGGUUUAAACCUCAGAAUCUAAAAAAAUAUCAGCCAGGCUAUUUUGUCUUCCAACAGCUGGCUAAAUCAAGAAACCAUUUAUAAAUCACAAGAGAAAAAACACUGCACAAACUUCUAUUAAUUCUAAUUACAUCUAAAACACAUGUAUGAUUGUACUGGCUAUUGGCUUCGCCCCAUGGAGGGUUUUGAAAAUGUAAAAUACGUAUAGCCUUUUGAGGAAGCUAUCAGAUUACCAUCCCCCCCCCCAAAAAAUGUUUUAAAUGUGGAAUGCUAUUACGUUUCCUUUCCCCUCUCAUCAGUCCUUCAUAACUUACUAAAGCUGAUUAUUUAUUUAACCUGGCUCAAUUAAUGCCAACUGAGCAACCCAACUAUAUAUGUUUUAUUGUAAAGUUACUUUAAAAAAUAUAUCUCCUGAUGGCUAACAUUUUAGAGGAAAAAAUGAUAUUGGGUGUGUUUGGCGGGGGGGGCCAGAGGGAGAGGGAGAAUCUUAAGCAGGCUCUCUGCUGAGCGCAGAGCCCAACACGGGGCUCGAUCUCAGGACCCUGAGACUAUAACCUGAGCUGAAAUCAAGAGUCAGACGCUUAACCGACUAAGCUACUCACGUGCUCCUAUUGGGUGCAUUCUAUGAGGAAGUGUACACAGUACCCAGAUCCCAAGAAUACUAUAUUUAUUACACUGAUGCACGUGUUUCCAUCAUACCCUUUUCAGGUUUCUCCUUUUAUUCAUAAGGAGGAGAAAGAAGAGCAGUUGUAAAGCUAAGCAAAAAGGUGCUAAAAGUAAGGAUGGCAUUCUUGGUGUGCACCCCCCCCCAGUCUAGGAUCCUCCUUAACUGUGACAGCUGUAAAUGUAGAGGAUCCAUCAGAGUCCUAGAAAAAUAAGAAAGGUUCUUAGGCAUCAUCCCACAUUUCUGAACCUCUCUCCAACCUCUUUUCUCCUGUUCUCUAAUGUACCCAGUAUGAUCCUAUUGUCCUUUGCCCAAGAUCCUUAAUUUUCUUUUCAACCAAAGCUUGAGUCUUUGAGUAUGUAGUAAUGUUCCUUAAAAUGAGAUCAUCAGCACAACUUUAAUAUAAAGCAGUAACGAAACAAGUUAAGUGAAGAAGAUAACUUUAAAGUGUAGUUUUGUUAACCAGAUGUUGGUAGGAUAUAUCUAGAAAUAGGGAAAGCCUGUUAUUUAAAACUUAGUUUAAAUGUUGUUAUAGCAUAUGUUGGUCUGUCUUAGAGUAUGCAUCAAUUGUAUUCCCAUUUUUGACAUCAGAUCCACUGUAGUCAAAUGUAGUCCCCAGGGUUUCCAGAAAGGUAAAUCCUAUUUCUCUUGUUAUACCAUACAUGCCUUGAAGGCAAAUACUGUAUCCGUUUCUCACAAAAUACCUAUCCUGUGUCUUUUACGAGAAAACAGUUGUUGAAAUGCAUAGAAGGUGAGGACAGGAUUCUUUUCAUCUGCAACUCAAACACAGCCCCCCACAUGCUCUCAUUAUAACUCAGGUCUUAGACCUACUCUUUCCACCAUCCUGCAAGGCCGUAUUUGCAACUACCUGUUGGACAUUGACAUGAGUCCUUCUUAAGCAUUUUAAACUUUACAUGACUUCACUUUCUGUUCCUUCAGAUCUGUUUAUUUUCUUCUGUAAUGGAAAAACACUAUUCUAGGCUCCAGAAUCUGCCUCCAAGUUUCAACAAGACCCUUUACUAUUGCUCUUGGUCCAUCUUCAUUCCUGUUAUUGCACAGACCCUGGCUCAAGUCCUCGUUACCUCCUCCCAGUGAUACAAAUAACUUUUCUUCUAAUUCCAACGCCGUCUUUGUGUGGUCUCACACAAAGGUCUCUCUUAGCUAUCUUAUAAAGCAUAGCUCUAACCUAGUUUCAUCCCUGCUCUUUGCAACCUUCAUUGGCUUCCCAGUGGGCUUGGCAUGGACCACUUUUCCUCAGGUGUCGUACACUCCAGCUAACCCCACCCCAACCUUUUUUCUUUUUGUUCUCACCCUCUUUCCAACCUAUUUCUGCCUGUGUAUCCAAGACUUUUCUUUCUGUGACAGUUGGUCCUAGUCCUUCUCUCUCCUAUUCCUCCUCCCUUAUUCCUCCAGACCAGAUUUAGUCUCUCCUUUCUCUGUGUCUCCAUAGCCUUUCUUAUGGUGCCUGUCCCAUUCUAUCCUUGAGAAUCUGAGACUCCUCCUCAGCAUCUGACAGAGUACCUUGCAUGCUAUGGGCACUCAGUAUUUGUUUGGUGAAUUAAAGUACUCCAAAUGGAUCCCUUCUGAUUUUUAUUUUUUUAAGUGCCUUCCACAUACAAAUAUUCUGGAGCCUGUGCCACAUUUCAUAUUCUCUAAAGGAAAAGCUUAUCUAUGACUUUCCCUUUUAAGAAAAGAGAUAAUUUCUAGUAGAAUUUAAUUUUAUUUUAAGAUAAAGGUAGAAAAUUUUCAGAAAGCCUCAAUAUCAAAUUCCCUUGGUGGGGGGAGAUGAAAGGGGGCAACUCUCUUUAAUAUGAGUUGGUCAUAGCAUGUUAAGAACCAGUCUUGAAAUACUAUAUUGUUUCUUUAAAUGACAUGAAUUUCUAGAAAUACUUUUUAAAGUGAUAAUAGUUUGUAUCGUAUUGUCCAUAUAGAUAUAGAUCCUUUAUAAAUAAAAUACUAGUAUUGUAAAUAAUGUCAAUAUGUAUAUUUAUACAAAAUAAAUUUACUGUAUCUGC